CAAAUAAAAUACGAAAAAAUAAUUGAAGUCUUAGAAAAUGAAGAUGAAAUUCUUGAAAGUUCGAUUAAUCAUAUUUGGAAAGUAACUAAAGGACAAAUUUCUCAUAUUACUUUCAAUGACAAACUCUUGGCAACAAUU